CCACCCAAACGCUCCAAAGCUGAGGACGAGGGCUCGGACGCGUCUGUGGGCGGCGACGGCAGCAGCUCCGACGACGAGUCGACCGACGAGGAGUCGGACGAGUCGGACGAGGCCAGCGAAGACUCGGACGAUUCGGACGAGCCCAUCUACACGUUGCGGGCGCGCCGGCCCGCCGCGGAGAUCAGUCAGAAGGUCAAACAGUUCGACGAGAUGAUCGACGAUGCCAUACGGGUGAGUGUGACCAGGGUCAGAUGGUGGCACCGUACAGGUGAGUGUGACCAGGGUCAGGUGGUGACGCCGUACAGGUGAGUGUGACCGGGGUCAGGUGGUGAAGCCGCGCAGCAAUGUUGGAAAACUUGACGUUUCCUGGUAUAAUGUACACCAGGAGGUUUUGUACCCCAGGGUUGUGACUAGGUAAAAUGGAAUAUUCUGUACUCCGAUAUGAUGCAAC